AUGUGGUGGAAUGGUCCAUCCUUUCUUGGUGUGCCUGAAAGUCAAUGGUCACAUCCGACAGCCAAGUUAGCACCGUGCAAUGAACUCCCAGAACAACGUACAAUCAAGCUGGUAUUAGUUGCGAUCGAAGAGUCGAGAGACAUUAUCAAUGCAUAUUCGAACUGGCGAUCACUUGUUCGGGCCGUUGCCUGGUUGUCACGGUUCGCAAGCUAYGUCAGAGGUAAGAAGUCAACRCAGGUACGAGGAUUCCUAACACURAGUGAGAUCAAGGCGGCUGAAGUUAUAAUWUUAAAAAGAACGCAAAAUGAUGCAUUCCACGAUGAAUUGAAACAAUUGAAGCUCGGAAGAGAUAUUGCACGAAACAGCACGCUGAAGACACUUCAUCCAUUCUUAARGGAUGGUUUAAUCUUAGUUGGAGGGCGCUUACAAUAUUCAAAUCUGAAAAUUGAACAAAAACAUCCAGUGGUGCUCCCUUACAAUCAUAAGGUCACUAGGUUAAUGUUCCAAUCUUACCAUCAGAAAAUGCUCCACUGUGGACCACAACUUCUUCUUUCCGAGAUCCGCAAUCUGUAUUGGCCGCUUAAGGGUAGAUUAGUAGCCCGUUCAACAAUACUACAUUGUGUCCAAUGCACCAAGGCCAACCCAAGGUUUCAAAUUCCCUUAAUGGCCCCACUCCCGCAGCAAAGAGUACAGUGCUCUCGUCCAUUUACCAUAACUGGAGUAGAUUUUGCCGGACCACUAACAAUAAGAAGUGGUGUUCGCGGAAGGGCGAACAUGAAGGCUUGGAUAGCAAUUUUCAUAUGUUUCGUCACCAAGGCUAUACAUAUUGAAGUAGUAGAGGAUCUAACGAGCAACUCAUUCAUCGCAACAUUAAGAAGGUUCRUGGCUCGUAGAGGAAAACCAGCUGAAAUAUGGAGUGAUAACGGGACAAAUUUCGUCAGUGCUCAAAGAGAGCUAGCAGCUUAUCUCAAAAAUAUUGAAGGCAGUGCAGUUGAUGAAGGACUUACAUGGCGCUUCAACCCACCUUCGGCGCCCCAUUUUGGAGGCCUUUGGGAAAGCGCUGUAAAGAGUGCCAAAUAUCAUUUAACACGG